UCCAGAACUCCAAUGCCAAACCACUGCUCUCUCUUAUGCACUUGUCUUCACCAUAUCCAACAUCCAUAUUUAAAUUUAUUGUAUUCUAUGUAUCUCUCUCUAGAAGUGGUCCUUGCCCUCUAUAUAAUUACACCAUUUUCUUCUUCUUAAUUCUCUCUUUCUUUCGACAAGCACAAACAAUUUUACGUCUUUUCUAACCCACAAGCGAUAACAAAAAAAGAGAGAGUGCUCUACUGGAUCCAUAUAUAGAAUCUCUAUAUAAAAAAUUCAAAAAAUGUCUAACAGAAGGUCGAGACAAGCAAGCUCAUCGUCAAGGAUUAGCGAUGAUCAGAUCACUGAUCUUAUCUCAAAGCUCCGACAGUCCAUUCCAGAGAUUCGUCAGAACCGUCGUUCCAGCACGGUAUCAGCAUCGAAAGUGUUACAAGAGACUUGCAACUACAUAAGAAACUUGCACAAAGAAGCCGAUGACCUUAGUGAUCGAUUGUCUCAGCUUCUGGAGACCAUUGAUCCUAAUAGCCCACAAGCAGCAAUUAUUAGGAGCUUGGUUAAUGAAUAACUAAGAUAUAUGUUGGUUAGUUGUGCUUUAUAUAUCAUUUACAAUCUCCUGCGAGAGGUUGAUCCAUCAGGGGUUCUGCUUAAUUAUCUAUUACAUGUUUCUUAUAUAUUGAUUACAAGUUGAGCUAGAUAUGGUUCAUAUUCGAUAAUCUUUUGGUAUGCAACUAAUAAGCUUUAAUUACAAUAAAUUAUAUUUCAGCUUAUUAAGUUGAGAUCCUUUU